GUUGAUGAUGAUCUUCAUAGACAAUAUGCUGAUCAUAUUGAAUAGAAUGAAUUCAUGAGAGAUCAUUUAUUCUUCUUCUUCUUCUUCUUAUUAUUAUUAUUAUUCAAUGGAAUAUAUUCUUCAGAAAGAUUACUGAAUUCAACCUAUUUAAGUAGUAUAUAUAUAUAUAGCCAUAGUAACAAAAACAUCAGCAACCACUACAACAACAAGGAAUGAUUUCAUGUAUAUACAACUACUUUGAUUGAUCUAUCUGAAUUGGAAUAAGCUUCACUUUUUUUUCGGGAUUUAUAAAUACUACUUAUAAUACUACUUAUGAUAUGGCUACACAUGAAACGAUUAUAAAUAAUAAUAAUAAUAAUGAAUCACAUUCAAUGAUGAAUUAUCCAAUAAAUUUGGAUCAUAAUCUAAUUAAUGAAAAAUUUCAUAAUGAUACAUUGAAUUUAAUAAUGAAUGGUUCUUGUUCAACGUCAUCCACUUCAUCUUCCACUUCCAACUCCACCUCCAUCACUUCCUCCUUCUCCUCUUGUUCCUCCUCAUCAUCAUCAGUGGAUACAAUACGUCAACAGAUGAAUUCAUCAUUAUUGAAUUGUAUUAAUUCUAAUCCAUUUAUGCCUCCUUCUAAAGAUUCAUUUAAUUCAGAGAGUAUGAUUCCAUUUAAUUAUGUGAAUAAAAGUCAAAAUCAAUCAUGGUUUAUGAAAACGAUGGAUACUACUAAUACGAAUACUACUUGUACUACUAGUACUACUACUACGAAUAGUAAUAAUAGUAGUAUUCGACAGACUUUAGAUGAUAACAGUAUGGACGAGAUGGAUCCUGUGAACCCUGUACAUAAUAAUAAUACUAAUACUAAUAGUAUUGAUCAUUUUAUGAAUAAUGAUAAGCAUUGUUUACCACCACCACCUCCUCUUCUUCAUCAUCAUCAUGAUGCUUAUUCAUAUCAAAUUGAUAAAAUGGAUAUUGUCAAAAGUGAGCAUGAUAUCAAUCAUAACAAUGAUGGCGAUAAUAACGACGACGAUAGUCAAAGUUGUGGACACGAUGAUGACGAUUAUGUCGUCGACAAUGUUCAUAAUGAUAUAGAUGAUAAAUAUCAUAAAAAUUGGAAAAAUAAAAGAAUGAAACAUGAAGAUUGUACUACUCAUUCUAUGAAUACAACGACUAAUUCAAUGAUUAUAUCUAGAAUACAAGAUAAAGAGUUAAAUGAUGUUGAUAGGAAUGUUUGUCACACCAUAAAAGAACAAAGCGAUUAUGAUAAUAGAGAAACUAUUUCUGAUAAUCCUGUAAGAGAGGUUAAUGAUGAGGAUGAAGAAGAUGAAGGAGAAGAGGAUGGUAUCGAUGAAGAUGUCGACGACGAUGAUGAUGAUGAUGACGAUGUCGAUGAUGGUGGUGGUGAUGAUGAUGAAGAUAUUGAUGAGGACGAUCCAGAUUAUCUUAAUGAUCAACAAAUGAUCAUUAAUGAUCAUAAUAAAAAUAUAAAAAGUUCUCAACGUCAUACUCCUUCACAACAACACCAACAACAUCCUAACCAUCUCAUUGAAAAUGAUUGUUUAAAUUUAUUAAAAUAUACAAAUAAUAGAAAUAAAAUAUACAAUUUACAUAAUGAACUAAAUCAAAUUUAUGAUGAACAAGAUGAUCAAAAUAUUCAACUACUAAUGUCACCGACACACCAUCAUCCUCAUCCUCCUCAUCAUCUUCCUCAUCAUCCUCAUCAUCACCAACAGCAACAGCUUCAACAACAUCAAAAUCCCCAUCAUCCAAAUCGAUAUAAUCCUUUAUUAAUGUGUCAAUCAAAUAAAAUGAUUGAAAAUAUUAUUGAUUCACGUACACAUACAAAAUUAAUUGAUCAAACUGGUAUAAAUUAUGGAAUUAGAGGGAAAAAUGAUUCCGACUUGACAUCAUCUUUGACAAAUGUCACUACAACAACUCAUAAUAACAACAAUAAUAAUAACAAUAGCCAUAACCACAGAAAAGAAGAUCGUGUUAAACGUCCUAUGAAUGCAUUUAUGGUAUGGUCACGUGGUCAACGUAGACGUAUGGCACAAGAAAAUCCUAAAAUGCAUAAUUCAGAAAUAAGUAAACGUCUUGGUUCAAUGUGGAAAAGUUUAUGUGAAACCGAUAAGAAACCAUUUAUUGAUGAAGCAAAACGUUUAAGAGCAAAUCAUAUGGCACAAUAUCCUGAUUAUAAAUAUAGACCAAGACGUAAACAUAAACCAUUAGAAAGACAAAAAAAGAAUUCCUCCACGUUAACUGCCGCAAUGAUGGGUGGUUAUUUAAAUAAUACAAUACCUGGAUCACAUAAUGGUGGUAUCCCUGGUAUCGCUGGAAAUCUACCAUUGACACAUUCAAAUCAUCGAAAUAUUCCUAAUGUAUUUGAUCCUUUAACAUCACCAUCAUCACAAACUCAACAUAUACAUAAACAUGAACAUCAUCAUCAUUUACAUGGAUUAUUUAAUCAUUCAUCGAAUCAACGUCUUCCAUCGAGUCAUCCGUAUUCAUCAUUGGGAAAUCCAUUAACCAAUUAUUUACCACAUCAAAUUACUGGCUUAGUAAAUACUACUCAUACAAAUACUACUAAUAAUACAUCUUCAGUAGUUGAAUCCCAACAACAACCGGUUGAUUUUCAAUCAUCAAACUAUUUACAAUCCAAUAUGAUGAUGUCAUAUUAUCCAAAUGAAUUUCAUCAGAAUGAUAAAGAUAUUAGUUUAAGACAAACAUUAUUUGGAACGGAUACAAAUGUUUCGUCAUCAUCAUCAUCAUCAUCCUCAUCGUCAUCCUCAUCAACAACGACAACGACAACGAUAACGACAACGACGACAACAACACAAUAUGAACAACAUACAUCAUUUCAUUCACAAUCAUUAUAUGGUAAUCGACAUAUUUCUGGACAAUAUAGAGAUACUACUAAUCAUACUACUACUACUAAUAGUAGUAGUAAUAAUAAUGAUAAUUAUUCUAGAUUCUUAUUAAGACAAGAACCAAGUUAUACGCCGGAACAAAAUGUAUCAAUCAAUCAAGGUACUCCUUCAUCAUUGGAGUUUCUCCGUAAUACAUCAUCUCUUACAAUGAAUAACAGUAAUGUUAAUCAACAGUUAUUACCAACCGAUAUGUCUAGUCCAUUUUCAGCGGUAGCUGCAGCAGCAUUAGCCGCUGCAGCUGUAAAUGAUACUACAUCAGAACAUAAUACAGAAGUGAAUAAUUCGAAUUCUAUGACUAUUAUGCAACGUUUAAGUAAUACACCAUGGUCAAUGUUUUAUUCAAAUAAUGGUAAUAUGAUAAAUCAGAUAAGAAUGAAUGAACAACGAACAUUUCUAAAUCAAUCAACAAUUAGAUCAAAUCAAACUGGUGGAUCAAGUUUAGAUUCUCCACCACCAUUUUCAAUUGGACGAAGUGGAUCUAGUACACCCAUUAUGAAUAAUACUAACAAUACUAAUACUGCUAUUAAUAGUAAUAACGGCAGUAAUUUCCCCCGUGUUACAACAUCAUCGUCAUCAUCAUCAGUUACAAAUGGCAAUCCUCAUAGUGCAGCAGCUGCUAUGAUGGCAGCUGUAGCUGCAGCAAAUUAUGCAGCAUCUCAAUUAGCAUAUUAUGGUAGUAGUGGAAAUAUAACAUCAGGUGUUGAUCAACAUCAUCAACAUCAACAUCAUCAACAUUCCCAUUUACAACAACAACAACAGCAACAUCAUCAUCCAAAUCCACAACAGUUAUUACCUCAGCAACUAAAUAGUACACAUCAUACAGAUUGGUUCAAUAAAAACAGUAGUAGUAACUCACAAAGUAAUACAUUACGAUCUGUUUCAUCUGCAUGGUCAUCACUUUAUCGUAAUGAAUGUGAUCCAGUAGAUAUUGGAAGAUCUGAUAUGAAUACAUCUUAUACAUCUAGUCUACAAUUUGAUAAUCAUAAUCGAAAUAAUCAUAAUAAUAAUAUAACAUCACAAUUUCAUGUGAAUCAUAAUACAUCAUCAUCCGCAUCAUGGUUGGAACGUCUUGAUGCACAACAACAACAACAUCAUAACACCCAGCAACAACUGCAACAACAACAACCAAACUAUUUUGCCAGUCAUAGAUUAUUACCUAAUAUUACUGAACUAGGUAAUAUCACUAAUUAUAGUAAUAAUCGAGAUCUUUUAAAUGAUAUAUCUUCCAAUGUACAAAAAAAUUAAUCACCAUCACCACCACCGCCACCGCUGCCACCAUUACCACCACCAUCGCCAUCACCACCAACACCAACGGCAACAAUAUACGUUCCUACUUUUAUUAUUCUAUAUAUAAUCAAGAAUUAAUUAUUGAUUGUUUAUUUAAUUUCAAGAAGAUAAUGUUCUUAUAAUCCCUUUAACUUCAUUCAAUAUAGACACCUUCAUCAUUGUAUAGUUGAAUACAAAAAAAAAGAAGAAAUUUACACUACCCCCCUUCCCAUGAAAUCAAUAAACAGAUAGAGUUAGAUAGAGGGAGAGAGAGGGGGAGAGAUACAACAUCAUGUCAAUAACAUGCCAAAGAUACAUAAAUCGAUAUAUAAAUGAAUUAAUUUAAAAGAUAUUAUAUUGCAUAGCAACAAAAAUAAAAUCAAAAAUGCAAAACAUCCCCACCCCAUUGGAAAGCA